UUAGGUGAGAGAGGGAGAAGUAGGGGAGAAAGAAAGGCCGGGGGGGGAGAGAGACAAAAAUAAAAUCUGGGGUUUUGGUGUUUGACCGUCAGAACUAGACAUGAUAUCUAGACAGUCAGAUAUGUGGAGCUGUAUAAACCUCAUGGUUCUACCCUGUCUGUCCUAUGAUUUUUUUUGUUUUGUGUGUGUGUUCUAUGAUUGGUUGCUGCACUGGACAGGCUACUGCUUGUUUUUAGUAGGGGAACCAAGUGUGACUACAAGAAUGAGACAGUGGGUAAAGUAACUCUCCCAGGCCAAAUGUUGAGUCUGACUGGGCCCAUAAUGCCAAGGCCUGGACCCCAUCACUCACACACACAGACAGAGAUUUACUUUUAAUUUCUAUAACUUUUUUUGUUCAAACUUUUGUCUAUUUCACUUGCUUUGGCAAUGUAAACCUAUAUUUUAAUAAAACCCUUUGAAUUGAAUCGAGAUGGGCCACAGAGGGAUGAGUAGAGCGAUAAGAGGGAGGCGGCUGAGCAGUCUGAAACCACACUGUUGGAUUGCCUGUGUGGGAAGGCUGAUAUGUAGUUAGGGGUUUGUCAGCUUCCCUGGAUUUGUCUCUGCCCAAACAUUGUUUUUAAGUGUUUUCCUAUUUUCUUAAUUCCCUAAAGCCAAGUAUUAUGUGUGUAUCUCCAGUGGAGAUGGCACCAUGAGGAAGAACAUUGUGUGGAAGAAAUGGACCACCAGCAACAACCUGCAACUCCAUGGGUGAGGCGAGAGAGCUAGUAACGUGUGUGUGUGUCUCCAGAUCCGUAUAGCAGUGCGUGGUGUGGAGCAGCUAACUGUAGGAGGGAGGAUGGUCUACCCUACCUGUUCACUGAACCCUAUCGAGGACGAAGCUGUCAUAGCAACACUACUGGAGAAGAGUGAAGGUGCGUUAGAAUUAGAAGAUGCAUCCGCUGAUCUCCCAGGGUUAAAAUGGAUGCCUGGAGUCACCAAAUGCAAGGAGGGUCAGUGGUAUAAGGACUGGUCAGAGGUGCCAGCCAACCGCCACAUACAGAUCAGACCCACCGUGUUCCCUCUCACAGACACAAAGAAACUGGCCAAUAUGAAGUUGGAGAGAUGUAUGAGGAUCCUGCCCCAUCACCAGAACACUGGAGGCUUCUUUGUAGCUGUCCUGGUCAAGAAAGCCCCCAUGCCCUGGAUCCGAAGAUUCCCCAAGUUGAGCAAGGAGCAGACAUCCAGCUCAGUGCCCCAGCCAGAGGACUCUCCAGUGGGGAUCCCCCUCCUUGAGACACCCCUGGAGGAUGGAGAGGAGGUAAAGGACGCAGGAGAGGACUCGCCCAAAGAGCCAGAGGCAGGCGAUCAGACCAAGGAACCCAACGUGUGUGUGUGCAGGGUGGGAAAUAAACUUUUUGGUCCACCAGCCACUGUGGCAUGUAGAUAAGAUCUACCAACCACUCAGAUUUCUUUUACCUGCCAAAAUAUUUUUCCUGCCAUUAUUACUCCAAAAAGCACAAAAAAACAGAUGAGGAUACUUUCUAAAACAAGAAAAGUAUUACUAGUAAGAAGUAAUGGGGUAUAUCGCUUAAUUUUAUUUCAUUUUUGUGACCUGCGUCUUAACCAAUGUAUGUUAAAUCAUUUAGAUACAGUAGUAAAAACCAAUAAACGUUUUUACAACUGAACAUCAAGAAUCAACAAAGUGCCUGCCCUGCCACAAAAUGCUGAGUGAUACGGCUUAUUUAUUAAUAUAGUUCAGGGCUCUACGCUGGCAUAUUUUACAAAGAGUACAUGAUGUGUUCCUAAGUAGACAUGUAGAAGCACACAAACAAAUCUAGGAAAACAAUUACAAAGUUUGAGUGUUUUAAUGAUAAGAAAUUACAAAAAGUUAAUGAAUAAAUGUUUUUGGGAGUAAUCCAUGCUCAAUCAUUAGGUGAGACAAAUGUUCAGCUGCCACUUUAAGGGACGGGCUGUUACUGUGGUGAUUUGUGCACUCCUCUGUGAUGGAAAAAAAAUCUCUGACUGAAAUGUCUUCCGAGCAGAAGACCAGUUUCCGCAAACUCAAAAUAAUAUUAAAAAACAACCUAGUAUGUGAACAAAACGAUGUAAUUGGCAAAGAAACACGAGGACAAAGUCACACUUUAGAAGCCUUUCUUGUCAAUUCGACCAACUUCUACAUGUGGGCUUUGGAUAAAAAUAAAACAAAGUUCCCGUAUGCUCUGUGUGACCACCCGCCAAUGUGGCUGGUGACAAAAUCUACCCACAUUUGGCGGGUGUUUAAUUUCCAACCCUGUGUUUGUGUGUGUGUGUGUAUUCUGACUCUGGUCUAUGUGCUCCAGGCCUCCUCCCAAUAAAAACAUGAAGAGGCAUGGUUUUAAAGAAGACCCUUUGUCUUCCUCACUGAAGACGACCCUGUCUUCCCCCCGAUAGAGUGAAAGUUUUUUUGGGUCUCUGGUGGAUUGUGCAGCCUGUGUAAGCAGCUGCUCGAUAUCAGCAUUACCUGUAUGGACAGGACACUGUUUUGACCAAGUGUAGAUAGUAUUACCUUUACAAGGUAAUGUACACGGAACAAAAAUAUAAACGCAACAAUUUCAACCAUUUUUCAGAGUUUUACAGUUCAUAGAGGGAAAUCUACAAAUCAGCUGGGCUAGACAAUUUGGACCCUUUCUAAAAUUAGCCGCCGAAAUUGUCGCAACC